AAGCCGCGGGUAAGAACGGGGGCAAGCCCGAGACGUAUUGGUAUAUUGAACAGUAUAGUGACGCCGCAGUGUCUCCACGAGCUGCCCAUCAUUAAUUUCACAAGUUAUCCGGGUAUUUGCAUUACAUGGUACUGAACCUGAUGCUCAGCGUAGUCUGUGAGCAGUGAGCUCCUAUUUGAUGUAGUUUCAUAUUGACUUCUUAUCCAUCAGUUUUGGGAAUAUUGUGAAACACAAUGGAAAGAGUCGAAAUGGGUACAAGACGAAGAGAGAUCUAACUUGGAGACAGCGAAGAUGGACGUUUCCCAAACCGGCAGCCACUGUCUAGUUAGUGAUAUAUCUAAUGCGGAAAAUAUCGAGACAAAUUUCAUUUUACGCAAUUGCUGCAAAGUGUUCCGGUGGCGCAGCCGUCUCAUGUCAUACUAGCCAUCCCGGAGAGUGGGAAUCAGAGUCACUGCGCUCCAAGCUCAGAGAAUAAUUUGCGGUGAAAAGCAGAUUCAAUUAAAGUGAGAAAAUGCCUCACUUCAAAUGAUGUGAUGGUCUAACGACUUUAACUUUUCUCUCCAUUAUAGGCUAUCUGAAGAACGAAAGGGUUGCAUUAAUUUGGAAUUGAAGGGAUCAUAAAAAUUAUCUGUCAUGGAUUGUGCCUAUUUUGUAUUUUACUUUGAAUUUAAGCCAACGGAGUAGCCUUAGGGAAUCAACUCACUUUUCUUUUAAACCCUGCUGCAUUGGAUCAGAAUGGAUGUGUCAUUGUAGCCAACUGCUGCUGCUGAAGACCGCGCGCUCCGUCCGGGAUUUCUGACUUUUUUCCCCUCAACGAUGCAGCUCCUUCGACUAGCGUGGGCUUUAACCGGAGCCGCAGUCUGCUGUUUUGUUAUCCUCCUCAUUCACUCACACGUUCUAAAAGAAGGUCAGUUGGCAGCAGGUACGUGUGAGAUUGUCACUCUGGACCGGGACAGCAGUCAGCCGCGGCGGACCAUAGCACGACAGACGGCGAGGUGUGCCUGCAAGAAGGGACAGAUUGCCGGCACCACGAGAGCCAGACCGGCUUGUGUAGACGCUCUCAUUGUGAGAAGCCGGCAGUGGUGUGAGAUGACGCCUUGCUUGGAUGACGAGGGCUGUGACCUCUUAGUAAACCACUCGGGCUGGACCUGCACACAGCCAGGGGGCCGGGUGAAGACCACCACGGCCCUAUGACGACACACACACAAAGACACAACGCCUUGCCAGCCAGACAGACAGCAAAAGUCAACCACUUUUCAAGGACAGACAGGAGAGAAACAACAAACUGCAGAUCCUGGCAGGCUAGAGCGACACAGCAAGGUCUCCUGAUGAUGGCGGGGACAGACGCUCCCGAGCGAGAGAGAGGGGAUGGUGUGUGAGCUGCUUCCUAUAGUCCAUCGUCACCGCCUGUGUGGAGCAUACGUCGUCUUAUCAUCAGCUGUCCGUCUAUUGUUCUGUGCAGCAGCGUGAAGCCACGUAGAACCUACGUUGCCAAAGGCCCGGACUCCAAAUACAGGAGUUGGAGCUUAACAUGGAACAUAUGGACUCUGCAAUGCUCUAUUAUUCCUUGGGAGACAGAACUUAUUUUUCAGUUGAGUUUGGAGAAUUCUGAUGUGUGUCGUCAUGAACUUCUGGAUCUGACCCAACCUAGACUUUGGAGACACGGGACAAAAUGUUUAUUUUGGAGUUUAUGCUUGGCAACUCCUCUGUAGUGAUUUUACAGACCAAAGAAAAAGAUAGCCGACUGCUCCAUAUUUUGGAGACACAGUGGACUUCGGGAUGAAGGGUUUAGAGACUUUUCCAAGUUGAUGAAACAUGCAAUCCCAUAUUCCCUCUCACCAUAUUACAGACUCUAGACAUACCCACAAAUGUACACAUGGUGAUAAAAGUGAUGUGUUGUGCAGAGUAAAUGUGUACAAAUGAAUGACGAAUACUGAAUGGAAAAAGUCAAGGGACGUUGUGUAAUUCGUCAAUUAUGUAUCUCUUGGACUACUAAACUGUACUUGUAUACUCACUGCUCUAUUUUGAACAUACAUUAAAUCAGAUAUACAUUUUCAA